AUGGCCAUGGAUCUUGCCAGGUUGAAGACUUGCGAGGAAGCACACGGAUCGCCUCAUUCAGGUCAUGGCGAGGAGUCCGUUUCAACGGCAUUGAGCAGUCAUUCUCUUCCAAACCAAAUGACCGAGUCCGUCUCGACCUUGACCAGCCGCCCCAGCCGACGGGCUGCCACUACGGGCGUAUCGUCGGCUUCAAGGAUGGAUCAGCACAAGAGAUUGGUCAGAGUUUUCCUGCAAACCAAUGAUUACUUGCAUGUGAAUGAAGGUAAGCAGUCCUGGGGAUAUACUUGUUACCCCUUGCACACGGCGGUGCGCCAGAAGAAACCUGCAGUAGUCAAGGCACUAUUGCUCCUGGGAGCUCGUCGGGACUUGAAAUACCGUGGCUACACUCCGGAGGAGUAUGCCGAACGAAGACAACGGCGAUGGGGCGGCUAUGACGAUGUCCUUAAAGUUUUUGAGGAAACGUGUGGGACAAUCAACAUCCACAGGUGGGGCAUGGUGGGGCAAUGUGACUAUGUAGGACCAUUGCUCUGUGAACUUUCUGGGGUGCACUUUCUAGGCCGCGCGGAAAUGCGGAGUCAGAAGUCUCCGCAGUCUCCGAUGAAAGUGCUGGUGAGGCCAUCCAUCUUCGUUUCAGAUUUUGAAGAUUCGCCCGGCAUAGGUAGCCAGUCAACGAGAGACUCCAGGGUUGCUGACAGGUUUUCGUCUUGGAAAAGUCGAAGCGAGGCCGGCAGCGUUGUGGUGACCAAAGCGGAACAACGGAAGAUCAUUGUGCGAUCCUUUCUUGAAUCGAACGGCUUCAUGCACAUCAACGAAGCCAAAAGCCGCUGGGGAAAGGCAUGCUAUCCAUUGCAUGCUGCCGUGCGUCUCAAGAAGUCCUCCAUGGUGAAGGCACUGCUGCAAUUGGGUGCACGACGUGAUGUGAAAUACAGGGGCUACACUCCUGAGGAGUACGCCCAGCAGAAGCAUCACCGUUGGGGAGGUUAUGAGGAUGUUCUCAAGAUCUUCCAGAUGCAUAUCCCAGUGCAGAUGCCGAGUCGAGAAGAAUGCGAACCGACUUCAGAGGACAGCACAGAGAUUCCGGAAGACGAGGGGGUGUAG